AUGGAGAUCAUCGCCACCGCGGCUCGCGCGGAGAUCGACAGCUCCCGGCCGUUCCAGUCUGUCAGGGAGGCCGUCGAGGUCUUCAGCGGUGUGAGGUACGUGGCAGGUUGCGGCGGCAGCUCCCGUGGCAGCAGCGCAUCCAGCUCCAAGUUCAGCGUGCCACGGGCGGCUUCCCCGCCGUCAUCCACGUUGCUGGACUGCCUGAAGAAGCUGGAGGUCGACCUCGCGGAGUCCAGGAGCGAGCUGGCGCAACUCAAGCAGAGGCAGUCGCAGAUGGAGAUGGCCGUCUCCAGCAUCGGCAAGCAAUUCGCCAACAGCCUGGGGAUCUUUUCCGACUCCGUGGAGCUCAAGAAAGGGAAGGAGCUCGCCGUCGUCGAGGUCGGCAGGACCGCGAUUGUCGGCGCAGAGGAGGAAUACGGCGAUGGCCGGGUUCGCAGCGAUCUAUGGGUCGACGACACUAGGGCCGAGGAGUGGAUGGCCAGCCUCGAGUACCUGCCGAGCCUCUCGGAGGCGCUGACAAUCAAGAUGGUCGACGAUGACCUGAGGAAGGUGAAGUGCAACAAGAAAGCCAAGAAGAAGCAGCACAAGAAGCAGAGGAAGAAUGCGGUCUCACUCGUUGGAGGCAUCUUCUCCAGCAAGUGCAGGUGA